AAUGACCUCUUCACAGCUUCACAGUGGACACUUACUUUUGACAAAAACGAACACACAGCGUACAGCCGUAACAAGAACGAACGAACCUCAACGCCACAGUUACAGGUGUCAAUACAAACCCAGCCGUUCAGCUAUAGACAAGCUUCCUUAUAAGCCAAUUGAACUCUGAGCUAAUCAAAACACAAGUGGCAAAGCCAGGCAAUCCAGGGUGAUUUAAUCAGGUCAAGGAUCAGGAAGAUCAGGAAGAUCAGAACAGCAAUUGAGAAGAUCUUUGCUAGUCUAGCUAGUCUGACCAUCAUCAUCAUCAUCAAAACAAGACAGGCAAGCUGAGCAUUGUUAAGCCUAAGGGUAUCUGCCUACCUACCAAUUAUACCCAUUAUACCCCAAGGUUUUCCUUUUUUUUGAUAAGCCAAGCCAAGAUGGGCUGGGGAGACGAAUCAGAUUCCUCCGAAGAUGAGCGAGAGCCACCGCAGCAACGGCAGCAGCAACCACCUCCACCUAAGGAUGCAGGCAAAAAGAAUUCUUGGGGAGAUGCCAAUGCCAAUGCCAACAAACCAAAGCCUUCUUUGCAGCAGCAAGCAGCAGGACAAGGACAAGGACUGAGAGGAUCCAGAAACAAAAACAACAGCUUUAAUAGCAACAGCAACAACAGUUACGACAAUCAUAACGAUAAAAGAGGAGGAGGAAGAGGAGGGAGAUCAGGAGGUAACUCUGGUGCACAUGGAGGAGGAGGAAGAUCAGGAGGAGGAGGAGGAAGAAAUAGCAGAGGCGGCGGCGGAGGUGGCAGAGGAGGCCAAUCCAAAGAUUGGAAGCAAAUGGCAAAGCAACAGUCCAAAAUUGGAAAACAGGACAACGCCCCAGUGGAUGGCAGCAAUUGGAUGGCUUCCCGCAGAGCCAAACAGCAGCAAGAGGAAAUCGAAUCUAAACAGAAACGUGCACAAGAAGAAGCACGCCUUAAGGAAGAAAGAAAUCAAAAAAGGAAAACACAGCUACAAGCUCUCAAGGCCGCCGUCAAGACCUUGGACGAAAGCAAUUCAUCACUCAACACUAGUUCCCUACAAGCUGCAGCGGCGUCAGAUCCUCAUCACCAGCCACAUACUCAUCACGGCAGCAACAGUAACAACAGUUGGCGUGAUCACAGCAACCACAACAACAAUCACAAUCACAGUCCUCAAGUACAAAUUCUAAAGAAAAAACCGCAAGUGGAACGAUUCAAGGGAGCCAAAAAACGAAAUACCGACGAUGACGAUACGCAUUCGCAUGGAUCACACGAAACUCAUGAAACACAUGGAUCCACUUCCUCACUCAAACGAGCCGUGGUCGCCACGGGAGGGUCAUUGUCUCUCAGCCCCGUUAGUCAGGCCAAAAAGGCAGCCUCGCCCAAGAAAACUGUCGUACAACAUAACGCAGGACAUUCCGUCGAAUACCGAUUCAACAUUGACGAUUUGGACGACGAUAAUGCUGACGACGAACAAGAAGGAGAUUAUGCCCAUGGAACACUGCAACCCAAUGGAACGGUCAAAUUGUCACGACGACGUAGUAGUGGAAACAACAACAAUAACAACAACAACAAUAAUAACAAGGGAAGCAGUUUGAGUCGACAAGCACAACAGCAACAAUCAUCAUCCAACAACAAUAAUACCAACAACAAGUCCUCGUUACUGGCAGCGGCGUCUGGCGGGAGAGGAAGAGGUGGAGGAGGAAGAGGUCGACAUAGUGGUGGUGGGGGCAGAGGAGGCCGUGGUUCUGGGAGAGGAGGUAGAGGUGGGCGAGAUUCGGGGCACAAAUCUGGCAGAGGAUACCACAAUAAUAACAAGCCUGCUCCGGAAAGGUGGUAGAUCACUGCGUAUUGGAGAUCGAUUCGAUUCAUUCGCGCACUAACUAUCCAGACUCUGGCAACAGCAACACUUCCUCCAUUUCCGACUUAGCUAAGCUACAUCAAACUAACUAAGCAAAAAUGUUCACGACUUGCUU